UAAAACGAGUUACGUCACUGCAUCCGCAGAGCCAGACCCGGAAGUGCUGGUUGUGUCUGACACCAGCGUUAUGGUCUGUUGAUGGGAGAGCCCUGACUGUGGUCCCUGAUGGGCUGCCGGACACAUUUCAUUGUGUCCUACAGAUGGCAGGGGAAGGUGGAGAAGAGAAAUGUCACAGUGCAGACAGAGCUCAGAGAGGCGUUCCAAUGACUCUGCUCACUACAUUGUGUGACUGUGGUUGCCAUGGUAGUCUAGGAUCGUAAAUCAUUGGUGGCAGUCUGAUGGAAAAAACAAUGGAAAAUGAUGUGGUUACAGGGAAAAUGUGCAUUGGCCUUUACUGUGGAAAACCAGUUAUUUUCUCCAAUGGCUCCAAUGAAACAUUCGGAGAUUGUGGGGCUUGUCCACGAGGCCAAAGGUCUGAUACGAGCAGCAUCUGCCGGCAAUGCACAGAGUCUCCCGACCUUUAUGAUUGGCUGUAUCUGGGUUUCAUGGCAAUGCUUCCACUCAUCUUACACUGGUUCUUCAUCGAAUGGUAUUCUGGUAAAAAGAGUUCCAGUGCGCUCUUCCAGCACAUCACAGCCUUGUUUGAAUGCACCGUAGCUGCCCUGAUAACGUUACUUGUUAUUGAACCCAUUGGAUCUCUGCACGUUCGCUCGUGUGGUGUGGAGAAGCUUUCUGAUUGGUAUACGAUGCUGUAUAAUCCCAGUCCAGAUUAUGUCAACACUGUGCACUGUACCCAGGAAGCCGUCUAUCCCUUGUAUACGAUUGUGUUCAUUUACUAUGCCUUCUGUCUGGUGCUGAUGAUGCUGCUCAGACCUCUCCUGAUAAAGAAGAUCGCCUGCGGCCUAGGGAAGUCGGAUCGUUUUAAAAGCAUCUACGCAGCACUUUAUUUUUUCCCAAUCCUAACGGUGAUACAGGCGGUAGGAGGCGGAUUACUAUAUUACGCCUUCCCGUACAUCAUUCUGGUAUUGUCAUUAAUAACGCUGGCUGUGUAUAUGUCUGCAUCAGAGAUAGAGUCUUUCAAGGAUCUGUUGGUGAGGAAGAAACGGCUGGUUGUCCUGUUUAGCCAUUGGCUUGUUCAUGCCUAUGGAAUCCUCUCCAUUUCUAGAAUGGAUAAACUAGAGCGGGACCUGCCUCUUCUCUCCUUAGUUCCCGGGCCUACACUCUUCUACCUGCUAACUGCCAAAUUUACAGACCCAUCACGAAUACGUCUGGAGGAAGGCAGCGGACAUUAACUGAAACACCAGCUGGGAAAUAAAUUCAACACAGAAAGCCAUAAAGUUAAGACUGAGGCGUAUCAGUAUUCCCGGACAUGUUCAAAGGGGGCCAGUCAGCUACGAGCAACGGAGACAGCCAUUUGUGCACUCAACCAACAUUUGAGUACACAUUCUACAAAUUAACUGGGAACCAUUUACAUUACUGUAAAGGUUAUCUAUAGCCUACAAACGUUAAAGGCAGCCAUUUUGUGGCCCGAACCAAUAUGUGAAAUUGCAGCCUAUCUAUUCACUAGGAACAGAGUGUGCUGUAUGCGUUAGUCCUAGUGAAUUGAAACUACAUUGUCAUGAAUACUGACAAAAUGCCUGCCUUUAAUAGGUGCAGGUGAUACUUUUUUUUCUUUUUUUUUUUUAACAAAUCUCUUCCCUCCAGCUGGAAGCUUCUCUCCUGUAUGUUGUCAGCCUGGAAAAGUGUAUCCUCAGGACAACAUUGCGCCAAAACACUCGCCUAUACUCUGAAGUAUGAAUAGGAAACCGCAUACUUUCUGGCUGGCAAAGCAUGCUGGGACUUAUAUACAGCCAGAGAGUGACAGGCUACUUUAACCCUGUGUUAUAAUAUUGGGCUGAGGGUUUAAAUCUACUGAUCGACUGUAAAGUAGCAAAGCUCAGGACUUCUGUACUAUAACCUUAUUAACGAGAUGCUGUUACCAUCCCGGCGGUCAGGAUCCCAGCGGUCAGCAUACCGACGCCGGGACACCGGCCACCAGGGGGCCAAGGACUAUUCCCACUCGUGGGUGUCCACGACACUCAUAGCGGGGAAUAGAACCUGUGGCGAGUGCAGAGAGCCCCGCAAGGGGCUUCGUUGUGCUCAUCCCCCCUGCCAGCAUUUUGGCGGCCGGGAUACCGGUGCUGGUAUGCUGACCGGCGGUCACCCGACCCCAACCCUUAUUAACAUGCAGUGUUUCAGGACUGCAGUAUCUGUAAUGCAUAUAUUAAGAAAGUUUAUUGUGGGAUUGAGGACAGGAUCUUUUCAUCCAUACUGUGUCUUCUCAACCUUUGUACAAUUAAUAUAUUUAUUUUUGAACUUCUUGUUUGGUUUGUGUUAUGAAUACAUGAAGGUAAGUUAAAGUUUAUUUGUUUUUGUUUUGUUUUUAUACAUUGAUUUCUGUAAUAUACAUUUUGUUUGAUCUGUCCAUGAAGAAUAAAAACAGCUUCAAGGA